ACGUUAUACCAAAUUUUAUUUUUCUAGAAUAUAGCCGUCAGAUGCCAAAUGUGCAAAGAAAUAAAAAAAUAUUUAAUCAACGAAGCGCAACAAGACACCAAAGCAUGUGAUUUAUAGUCAUCCAUGCUAUCAUUUUCCAGACCAAGAUUCAAACAAAGCAUAAAAGAGUUAACAAGUCCACACCUUUUCUUUCCCCUUGCACCCUUUUUCUCCAUACAAAUUCUCUGAUUCAAUUUCCAAAAAAAUUAAAGGAAAAGUAAGAUAUGGGGAUUGUUGAAGAAGCACACAACGUGAAGAUUCUAGGAACAGGUGAUCGAACCAUAGUGUUAGCUCAUGGAUUUGGAACAGACCAAUCUGUGUGGAAACAUCUUGUUCCUCAUCUAGUUGACGAUUUUAAGGUUGUCUUGUUUGACAAUAUGGGUGCUGGUACUACCAACCCUGACUACUUUGACUUUGAAAGAUACUCAACCUUAGAAGGAUAUGCCUAUGAUGUGAUUGCUAUUUUGGAAGAACUACAAAUUCCUUGUUGCAUUUAUGUUGGUCAUUCUGUUUCUGCCAUGAUUGGUGGCAUCGCUUCCGUUGCCCGCCCCGAUCUCUUCACCAAACUUGUUGCUGUCUCUGGUUCUCCAAGGUAUUUGAAUGACGUGGAUUAUUUUGGAGGAUUCGAACAAGAAGACCUGGACCAAUUAUUUGAAGCAAUGAAAUCAAAUUACAAGGCAUGGUGUUCAGGUUUUGCACCUCUAGCUGUAGGAGGGGACAUGGACUCUGUUGCAGUACAGGAAUUCAGCAGGACAUUGUUCAAUAUGAGACCAGACAUAGCAUUAAGCGUGUUACAAAUUAUAUUCCAAAGUGAUUUAAGGCAUAUGUUGCCUCAUGUCACUGUUCCUUGUCAUAUAAUUCAGAGUAUGAAGGACCUGGCUGUGCCUGUGGUAGUCUCUGAAUAUCUCCACCAGAACCUCGGUGGCGAAUCAAUCGUGGAGGUGAUGUCCACGGAGGGCCAUCUGCCGCAGCUGAGUUCACCUGAUGUUGUUAUUCCGGUGUUACUUAGGCAUAUUCGCAAUGAGAUUUCAUGAGUUGAUAAAUAACUCCUAGUACUUGGUGGAAUUUAUUUGAGAUAUAUACAAAGUGCGGAAAUUUCAAAUGAAGAUGAUGGAUAAUGUUGAUUAAUAAAUUAAUUACGUUUCACUACUCCUAAACCAAACUAGUUGAGAUCAGCUAUAUGAACUCUUACUUUCAUUUUGUUUUGAUGUUUGUUAAUUUGAGGUUGCGAA